AAGAGGAGCUUCUCUGUCGAUUUGGCGAUGGCUGCAUCCUUCAUCACUGGUCUCGCUCUCCGGGACUGAAACCCUAGCGUUGUCAAUGAUGCUCCGCCCCCAUGCGCCCCGCCGGCGUGCUCGCUACGCUCCUCAGUUCUGCGCCUUCGCUGCCGCCUUCCUUCUCCUUCUCUCCCUGUCCGUGCUCCACUCCCGCCUCUCCUCAUCCCCUAUCCGUCUCUCCCUCCCUUUCCGCUCCUCUCCCUCUUCCCAUACUGUUCCUGAUUCCCUCUUUGACGACGCCGACAACGACGCCUUUGAUGCCUCAUCUGAUGAUCUCAUCGAUGAGCUUGAUGACGGUGUGGAUGAGGCUGGUAAGGGAGACAAGCUGUCGGAGGAGGAUGAGCUCCGCUCCGAUGAUGACCUCGAUUCCGACGAUUCCGACCUCACUCGCACUGGCGGCCUCUUCUGGGACCAUCUUUUGGCUGUCGCUCGCCGCUCGUUUGGUAAAUCUUCUAAUCCAUUUGUCGAUGAGCCUCUGUUUCCGGAUCGCCGGGAGAUCACCUUCGGAUCUGACGACCAGCCAGUGGAUGACGAUGUUCGGAUCAAGCUUGAUUCCAUUUCGAGCAUUGAGGAUCUGAUGCUUGUGAAGCCGGGAUCCGGUCGCGACUCGGCGCUUCGUAGUGGAUGGGUACGGUGGCUCGAGGGGAAGGCCGACUUCCUCCGGCGUGACAAGAUGCUUCGCUCGAACCUCGAGCUCUUGAAUCCCAAAAAUCAUCCACUUUUGCAGGAUCCAGAUGGUCCCGGCCUUGCCAGCCUCACCAAAGGUGACCGGUUGAUGCAGCGUGCCAUCUGGAACGAGAUUGAGAUGAAACCUUUUGGAGGAGCUGGGAUGAAGAGAGUGGAUCGAAGGAAAACGCUGAAUUUGGACGCAAGGGAGCAGGAGCGAAGGCGAAGGUGGGGAUAUUUCCCUGGGUUGGAUCCGCACUUAUCUUUUUCUGAGUUUAUAGAGAGGUUUCUGGGCAGUGGAAAGUGUGGUUUGAGAGUGUUCAUGGUGUGGAAUAGUCCGGCAUGGAUGUAUGGCGUCCGGCAUCAGCGAGGAUUGGAGAGCCUCCUGCAUCACCAUAGUGAUGCUUGUGUUGUGAUUUUCUCUGAGACGAUGGAGCUGGACUUCUUCAGUAGUUUUGUGAAAGAAGGCUUCAAAAUUGCUGUUGCUAUGCCAAAUCUUGAUGAACUUUUCAAUAAUACCCCUGUGCAAGUUUUUGCCACUGUUUGGCAUGAGUGGAGAAAAACCAAAUAUUAUCCCAUCCAUUACAGUGAGCUUGUACGCCUUGCUGCACUUUACAAAUAUGGUGGAGUCUAUCUUGAUUCUGAUGUUUUAGUUUUAAGGCCUUUAACAUCACUCCAAAAUUCUCUUGGCAUUGAGAAUCAAAUAGGCGGGGUCCCUGUUUAUAGCGGUGCAGUAAUGUCAUUCAAAAAGAGCAGUGCUUUCCUACUGGAGUGCCUAGGUGAAUUUUAUUCAACAUACGAGGAUACCCGUUUUAGGUGGAAUGGAGCUGAGCUGAUGACAAGAGUUAUUAACAGGCUUACUCAUGAAGAGGGCAAAUCUUAUGAACAAAUUGGUGUAAAUAUUGAACCAUCCCUUUCAUUUUUCCCAAUAGGUUCUCACAAUAUUACAAGUUAUUUCGCCGAAGCAGCUGAUGAAGAAGAAAGAACCAAACAAGAUGCUUUAUUUGCAAAAAUUCUAAAUGAAUCAAUCACAUUCCAUUUUUGGAAUGGCGUUACAUCUGCUCUUGUUCCCGAACCCAACAGCUUUGUGGAAAGACUCCUAAACCACCUCUGCCUCCACUGUUCCGACGUUUUGUGACUCAAGUGAUUAGAACCGUUUGACUUGUAUCAUCAUUCUUUCUUUCUGAAACACGAGUAGAGAUACACACACACACUCACAUACAGAAUGCUGGCAUCAAGGCAACUGUGGUUUGUUUAUUGGAAAACAGAGUGAAAAUUUCAGGAACAUUAGUUAUAUCAUGAUAAUAAUGUAGCAAGGAACAUUAGAUAUGAUAAUGU